AUGGGCGCCCGGCAGUCCUUCUUCCGUGGAGCUCUGCAGGCCCAUAUGAAGAAGGCCAACGUUGCCGGACAGUCUUUGGCCAUGCAGAGGAGAGCGAGCUCUGCCGGCUGUGAGGUGGAUGGUGCCAUGGGCAUCAAGGGCCUUGCUCAGAGGAUAGUGGGCUGGCCCUACUUCACGCACUUCAUAAUGCUCCUGAUUCUCGCAAACGUGAUCCUCCUUGGCAUCGAGGUGGAUGUGUCCUCCAGUCUCGGAGUCAAUGAUGUCCCUCAGUCGUUCGGGAUCAUUAACCUGGUCAUCGUCGGCGUCUUCGUUGUCGAGGUGACACUGAAGCUGCUGGCAAUGGGGUGCAGCACUUAUUGGCUGGGCCCGGACAGUGCUUGGAAUAUCUUCGACUUCUGCAUCGUGGCGGUGUCUGUUAGCGAGAGCUUGAUCAAUUUCUGGGCGGAAGCUGUCUCGGAUGAUCCAAGCGAAAUGGACGGAUCGAACGCCCAGCAGCUCUUCGCUUCGCUCCUGCGCCUGGCCCGGGCCCUUCGGGGCAUCCGCGUGGUGCGCCUCUUCCGUUACGUCAGCGCUCUUCGCACGCUUGUCCUCUCCAUUGUUGGCACAACUGCUUCACUCUUUUGGACACUGGUGAUGCUCAUGAUCCUCUUCUACGGCUUCGGCAUAGCGCUGACGCAGCUGGUGGUCGACCAUUGUAGACUGCAGACCAUCGCAGCUCAAGAGGACCCCAACGCCAUCCCACGGUGUCCCGAUGAUCUCGGCAUGUACUGGGAGUCUGUCCCUGAGAGCAUGUUGACGCUUUUCAUGGCUAUCUCCGGCGGCCUCAGUUGGGACGACGCCAUGCGGCCCAUACGUAAGGUCUCAAGCUUGGCUUUCGCUUUGGUCAUCUUGUACAUCGUAAUUGCAGUGUUCGCGGUUUUGAACGUCGUCACUGGCGUCUUCUGUAACACGGCGAUCGAAAGCGCUAGUGCAGACAAGGAGGUCGCGACGAUCAAGCAAGCACGAAAGCGUGCGGCACAAGUCGACCAGCUCAAGGACAUUUUCAAAGAGCUCGACCAUUCGGGCUCCAACAACAUCAGCCUCCAGGACAUGGAGGAAGCCAUUGACACGAAGAAGUUGUCGCACUUCUUGGAUUCCAUUGGAAUCUCAACCGAUGAUGUCUGGACUUUCUUCAUGCUGCUGGACCGGGAUGAAAACGGCCUGAUCGAUAUCGAGGACGCCUGGGGCGCUGAAGUCAGAUCGGCUUGGGCUUGUUUGGAACGCAUAGGACAGAAUCGCUACUGA